UUUAAGUUAUUAAAUAUAGUUUAUAUAAGUUGAUUCUGUAUCAUAGCUAUCGGAUCUAUAUUUAGAAUAUGGCAGAUCUCGUGUAUCACGUGAUCAAAUAGACCAAUCAGUAUUAAGCUGUAUAGCAUCACUGCAUCAGUUUUGAAGUUCUUCUGUGGCUAAACAAAUUUCUUAGAUUCCUUCGGAAUAUUAUUCAAGGAUUUAUCACUUGUGCAUAUUUAUUUGUGUUCAUUGAACUUACGGUAUAUACACCAAACUGCGAAUUUGAACCUCGACAUGUGAAUGUGAGCGUGGGUGUUGAUACGGACACGCUCUAUUUGCAGUUUCCUUCAGAUUCUAGGAUAUUGUUUCUGUUUAUAUCGCUAAUAUUCAGUGUAACAUUACUGUGAUUAGUACCUUCGUUACAGUUAAACUUCGAAUGUGAACAGUGACAGGCUAAUGUGCGCAUGCUUUGUUUAAAUUGUCACGCUCCAGUUACCGAGUUUAUUACAAUCUUUAUGUGAUUACUGUGACUAAGCUACGCGUCAUAUCUUCUAAAAUGCCAGGAAGGAAACGAAAACAAAACGCUACAACAGCGCCAGUUAGGCAGAGACAAGUCAGACCCCGUCACGAAAACAAUUCGCGAUGGAAUUUGAACGAGCCUGAAAAUUGGUCUACUUCAGAAUUGUUUAAUAAACUGAGAGAAGCCAAUAUAAUCUUGCCAUCAAAUUUGAAGAAAGCUCAACUCGUGCAAAUAUUUAAGGACAAUGUUCUGAAUAAAGACAGAAGUGACUCAACGGACGAUUCAAGGGAAAUUCAGGUUCAGGACCGAGAGGUAAAUGUUCAAUAUGGCGAAUUGAAUUUACUUCCGGCAUCUUCAAUCAACAAUCCCGAGAACGAGGCUGGGCGGAUGUCAACAAAUGAUCCAUUCCUUAGGCACCAAGACGAGGCUGGGCGGAAGCAGGUAGAACUGUCAAAUGCUGUCCAAAACAUACAACGAUCAGUUGAGCAUCUCGCAAAUGAGAUUAGCACACUCAAGCUCCGCGGCGUUUCCAACCAGGACAAUGAGCCCUCAGGAUCAGGAAAUUUCACAAUUGACACACCUACGCCAAGAAUAUCUUCCGACUCCGUCCCUCAUAUAGAAACGGUAUCGUCAAAUCUGCGAAACCAGAUCAUGCAAGGUAAGGAUGUCAACUUGGCUCUACUUCUUAUGCCCCACGAAAUUGAGGAGAAUAGUCUACAUGACAGCGAUGGGCGCUUCAUCGUAAUUAAAAACAACACUGACCCCAGAUUACAAAGAAAUCUGACUUUAAGCGAGUUUAUAGUGGCAUUCACUAAGUAUCGGAACAUCCUAUGCGAAUUCUUUCCAGAGAGAAGGUCCGAGUUAGAUGCAUACUUAAGGGAUAUCAUUGAAAUGGCAUCCACCACUAAGGGGUCGGCUUUUUACGAUUACCACAAAGCAUUUUCAGCAAGGGCCAGUACACUUCUACAACAGAGAAACAUCAGAAUUGAUUGGGCUAUUAGAGACACAAAACUAUUUACAACCAUAUUUGCCGGACAGACUAUUAAUCGUUGUGAAAUGUGCAAUAGUGUCACACAUUCGUCCCACUUCUGCCCCAGAAUUAAACACAACACCUUGCAAUCCCAGUCAAGCGCAUCACAACAAAAUCCGCAAACAUCUAGUCUGUGUGAUGUUCAGGGCAGGCCUAGGAUUAAACAUAAGGGCAAAGAAAUUUGCAACAAUUUUAACAGUGUGACAGGGUGUCAGAGGAAAGCGUGCAACUUAGUCCACAUAUGUUCAGAAUGCAAAUUCAACAACCACGCAGCACCCACGUGCAACAAACUGAAAGCCAAGCAAAGUAUCACCAGUGAAAAGGCGUGACUAUUAGAUGACAAAUCCCACUCAGGAAAUAUUGUUUCAGAUUUUAAGGUGACCAAAUUCCGACAGGCUGCCCCUCAAGCAGAAAAGAACCCAGUUAUGAUUCCUGCAAUGCAAGAACUCGUACUAUAUUAGAGGAAGAAGCUGAAAGAUUGUGUGAAAAUUCUUUGAGUGAAAGCACAAAAAG